CUGUUACUGUGCUCAGAAAAGCAUGUAUUAGAACAUGUAUCAUGUUAUGAAGAUUUACAGUUACUCUGAGGGGGAUUUUCAAAGGAACGCUUGGCAGAAAGCCAUCUAACUCCCAGUUGACUUUCAAGAGGUAUAGGAUGCCUAACUACCAUUUGUACUGUUGAAAAUCUCUCCUUUAGCAACACUUUAUAUUGCAUAUGUCUUUUUAACACCACUGGGUCCAUGGUUGCAGUGUGGGCAUUAUUGCCUUUAUAGCCUUAAAGAGGGGGGGGGGGGGGGGGUCUCAUCAUUCAAAAUUUAGUGUGAAACAUGCAUUUCCCAAAGGGCUUUUGUAAAUUUAGUCAUGAAUAUAAAUUUGCUGAGAUUAAGUAGCUGUGCAUGACUGAAAAUACAGUACUAUAAUUGGAGAGGUGUUAAUUGUAUAAUUUUUUAUCUGUUCUGAGGUAGUCCUAAAUCCUCCUAGGUAUGACUCAUUUACAUAGUUCCCUUAUAACAUCUGUUUAAAAUGCUAAAAAUGCUUGGCUCUCCAAAACAUUAUCUUAACCCAUCUUUUUUUUAUCUUUGUCUUUUUGCUGUCCAGUUUCAUGCGUUCUAAUUUCCAUUGCACUUUUCUGUUUACAAGAAAUAAACAGGUUAUUUUGCUCAUCUUUAUAUGAUACAGUUUGCAAAACUGAAAACUCCACUUGGCUGAUAAAGAAAAGAAAGCAGCAAACAUGAGAAAUAAAGCAUAGUCUGGGUCUUGCUUUCAACUUUGAUUAAGAUUGGUAUCUCUUUGCCUGUGGAAUUCUAACCAGGUCCUGAAAUCUGAAAUAACGUGAUUUAUAGUUGCAGGUACUAGCUUUGCAUGUUGCAACACCAACAAUUCUGUCAUUUUUAGCAGUUUAUGAAAGGGGAUUAUGUGGGAUCUGAUCUCAAUUUUUGUAGCAGUUGGUUGUAAUUCAUAGUUUAUAAUGGAUUGUUGAUAGAAACAUUGGGAAGCAAAUUAAGUUACCUAAUUAGGGGUUGCAGACAGAAGUGGACAGAGCCUUAUAUAGAAGGAGAAUGUUCCAUUGCCUCAUCCCAUUUCUGAAACAAUUUUUCAAGUAGGACAGUGUGUUUUGAAGUGAGUUAAUUGAGCCAAGCUGAUGUAAAUGUGCUUAAAAUAACUCAGCUACCAGCCACACUGGGACCUAACCCAGAUUAUUACUUUUAUUAAGGUUCCUGUUCAGAAGAUGAAAGGAAGGAGGCACCUUGACACUAUGUUUUUAAAAUGAAGCCUACAACAAGUGUAGUGGGGAGAGAGCAGGAUGGCCUCUGACUGGGAGGAGAAAUGGUAGUUUUAGUUUGUCUGUGCAUCUUAGAAAAUACCAGUUGGAGUUGUGCAGAUCUUUUUUUCAUGGUGUAACCUAGAGUAAAGUGCUUGAUAGCCUGGGAGGCUUAUGUCUCCCACGCACAAAAAAGGUAGAGGCUUGCACUCAUCACUAAUAUAUAUCAAUAGCGACUGCUUUACCACAUGUGGAGAUGACAAAGUUCAUUCUCCCCAUUCACUGCUUGGAUUCUCUGCCCAACCUGUUAAAAGAUGAUGAUUGUAGUAGUUUUUGUGAUGUGGGACUUCUCUCCAUUAGGGGGCUGGACUUAGCCCCACCAAAUCAUUUCAGAUUGGUCCGAACAGCCAUCAGACUUGGUGUCUACCUAGGCUGGAUUCUAGUCUGUCAUCUAAAGAUGCCAGGAUCUGUAUCUCAUUACCAAUCCUCUGAGCUAUCUUGUGAUAUGCUCCAAGCUUUCCACACAGCCUUAAGGAAUUCUCCUUUGAACACGAAGAACCAAGCAAUAAAGGAACGGGCCCAGGGAGUGGUGCUUAAGGUCCUCACAUCCUUUAAAAGCAGUGAGAUAGAACAGGCAGUAAACUCGUUAGACAGAAAUGGUAUUGAUUUGUUAAUGAAGUACGUUUAUAAAGGAUUUGAAAAGCCAACAGAAAAUAGCAGUGCAAUAUUACUUCAAUGGCAUGAAAAGGCACUAGCAGUAGGUGGACUAGGUUCCAUAGUAAGAGUUCUUACAGCAAGAAGGACUGUUUAAAAGACUAUUAACUUGAACCAAGAUGAACAGGUUUGGACUCAGAAGAAAGAAUUAGCUGAAGUGACACUGGUCCAUCUUUCUAGAAAUUGCAACCUACUGAAACUUUGGAAACCUCUGGAAUGCUUCUAAUUUUAAAGGUUGGGGGAAAGAGUAAAUACUCCUUUGUUUUCUAUCAAAUGUAGGAGCUGAGACAUUCUGAUCCCUUGUUUAAAGGUAAAGCAGAAGGCAGAAAUUCUGCCCUUAUUACUGUUAAGGGGAGAGAUAAUUAAAUCCUGUGUGUAUUGCUUAUUUAAAAGAAGAGGUGCUGUGGCUUCAGCAGACACAAAAUUGACUGGUUUCUGGGUGGGGGGAAAUGUUUAUUUGAAAGGGGACUUUGUACAUAUAAUCAAAGGACUAGCUGGACUACUGGUUUGGUUUCAUUGUGAAGUGCCUGCUGCAUCAAUAAAGCUCUUGGAUUGUAAGA